AUCAGUACUUAGUGCAAGCGACUGGAUAAAAAUAAAGACUCUGCUACGCGAGGCUAUCAACGAUAUAUACGAUUCAAAGGCUGCAACACUUACACGCACAGUCCAUACAAUUGCUGCUAAAAAUCAGCUCUUGAAGCAUGAAAAUGAGCAGCUUAAGGAGGCUCUUUUGAAUGAGAAGAAGCGCCGCCAACGGGGCAAGGCUUUACAGCUUAAAGCGCCAGAGGAAUACAACGGUGGAGCUGUAUUCUGGUCACCAGCAAAGGUCCAGAAAGCUCGGGAUUUUCAGGCCCAGAAAGAGGCAGAGGAGAAGGCAAUACAGGCCCAGAAAGAUGAGGAGACAAAGCUUAGGGAGCAGCAGAAGCUUCAAAAGGCAGCUCUACUAGAGGAGAGACGCCGUGAGAGAGCUGCCGCUAAAGCAGAGCGUGCCCGGGAACGUGAGCAAAAGGCUAUUGAAGCUCAGGAAGUGUGCCAGGCCCGGGCAAUUGAAAAACAACUCCGCGAGGAGCUCAAAGCUUCCCAAAAGGGUAAUCGGAAAAGCCUCAAGCCUACUAGGUCAAGCACGAAGGACAUUGAGCAUGUACAGCCUGAGAUAUUGCCUGUUGAAGAUGGGGUGCCCAAUUUGGGCCCUUCAACGCGUACCCGCAAAAUAUGCCUGCCCCAGCGGUUUCAGUAGCUAAUUAGGUGCUAGAAUUACUUGGCAAGCUUCUCCAAUUAUUACUACAAAAAAUCUGGCGAUUUUACAAUAUAUAUUGAGCUCUACAGCCUCAUCUUUGUGGGUGGCGAUUAUGCUGAAAUCGUG